CUACUAUAUAUGGACGUUAAAACUGACGUUUUGAUUUGUAUUGAGUGUUUUUCUGUAAAUUUGGCGUGCUAUCAAAACAGAAAUCAAGGAAAAUAUCCAGACUGCGUCUAACUUGUGAAAGAGUCUUCACAAUGUCUGAGAAGAAAACAGUCCACUUUCCAGAGAUGGAUGAGAAGGGAGAAGAAGAACAAACUAGUACCCGUUUCAAAUCCAAACACUCCCUGGAUAGCGACGAAGAGGAUGAUGGGAAGGAUGCUUCUACUUACGAAUUAACAGAAGACGACAUAGAAGGUCAAGAAGCUGCCACUGUUGAUUAUGAAGGUGGUGUUAGAAUCACACCAUUUAACUUAAAAGAAGAAAUGGAGGAGGGACACUUUGAUAAUGAAGGAAACUACUUUGAAUCAAAAGAGGAUCUCAUUCGCGAUAACUGGAUGGACAACAUUGAUUGGGUUAAAAUUAAAGAAAAGGCGAAACAAAAUGAUAACGAAGAUGAUGAUAGUGAUGAUGAUAGUGACCCUUUAGAUGAAAUCAAAGUAUACACAGAGAUACUGACAUUCAUGAAACCCGGUGAAACGAUUGCAAAAGCAGUCAAGAGACUUGGAGGUGGAGGGAGUGUUACGGACAGUAGGAGAAAAUGGCAGGCUAAAAAACAGAAAACUGAGAAAACUGAAAAAGACAUUAACAAGGAAGACAUGUUAAAGUUAACAGAGUUAGUCAAUGAGAUUGUUCAGCGUGGGGUGUAUGAUGUAUAUCAGUAUACAUACGAGAAAAUACAGCAUGCGUUGAAACAAAAAGAACAGUCAAAAUUCAAUAUUUCCGCUCCCAGUAAGAAUGAAGAUGCAUUUGAUAUGUUUGCGGAUGACGUUGAUAAAGAUAAGCUUAGCAAAGCUACUACUUCAAAAGCUAAUGGUGAAGACUCAAAAGGAACCAGUGCUGGAUUCAAAGAUGAUGAAGUAUUUUGGGAAUAUAAAUGGGAAAAUAAAGAUGACAGUGAGGUGUUUGGACCAUUCAGUAGCCACCAAAUGCAGAGCUGGUGUGAGGACGGCUAUUUUGAAUCUGAAGUUUGGGUUCGAAAGAUAGGAUCGCAACAGUUCUAUAAUUCUAAAAGAGUGGACUUUGAUUUAUAUACGUAG